AAACCUCUAGAAUGUUCACUGGAAAGUGAAGCAGAAAUGGGAGAAUACUUGAUUGGGAAGUGCUAACUUAAAAAAUUUUUUUAUAUAUAUUUAUUUUCCCUUUUGUUGCCUUUAGUUUUUUUUUAAAUUUUAUUAUUGUUGUUGCAGUUAUUAUUGUUGUUGUUAUUGAUGUCGUUGUUGUUGGGUAGGACAGAGAGAAAUGGAGAGAGGGGGAGAGAAAGAGAGACACCUACAGACCUGCUUCAUUGCCAGUGAAGCGACUCCCCUGGAGGUGGGGAGCCGAGAGCUCCAACCCGGAUCCUUAUGCAGGCCCUAGCGCUUUGCACCACAGUGCUUAACCCGCUGAGUUACUUUUUUUUUUUUUAAGUAGAUGAGAAUAAUACAGGGGGGAGGGGUGCAGGAGAAAUGUGGAGAAUUGCAGGGGCAGUACCUUAGAGAAUAAGAGGAUAGGGAUCAGAACACAAUUGUAAGAACUGGUUUCUACAUAAUCACGAGAGGUAAAUAGGCGAGAUUAGUAAAGAGAUGUGAAUUUACAGGUCCCCAUGAUUUCCUUCCUUAGUGACGCGGGAAGCAAAAGAUGGAGGAGGAAGUGGUUGAGGUAUGCAGAGUGGAGGCUACUGAUAUUUUUUAGGCUCAUGGGCUGGGUUGUGUGUUUGACAUGUUGAGAAGUACAUUUUGCUCUGCUGAGAUUAGUCCCUCUUGGCUCUCGGUAGUCUCUGUGUCCGUUUCCUUGGAGAUCGAGACAAAAGAAAGCGUCCAGUCUCUUGGAGAACUUUGAGUGGUCUGGAUGGCCGCGCGAUCUGAUUCGAGACAAAAAAAAUUGAGAGGCCUAGGAAGUCGAAAUUCCAAGGGAUUAGAGUUGUACACACUAAGGAGCCUCGUUCCGCUUUCUUCAAUCUCGCACACCUUGUCCGGCAACUAUGGGAAGGGCUCCACAGUCUACAGCGGUCAGAAUCUGGAUUAUGUUCCAUGGCAGCGAACCAAGCAGAAAAUCAAAUCAUCUUCUCUGCCCUCAAUCCAAAAUGGCUACAAGAAAAGCAACAUGAAGACUUUGACUAACUUCCAGGCAGGAUUGAAUUCUAGGCCCACCAUGUUGGCAACAAACCAGCAGAGGAAUGCACGAGAACCAAACAGAGGGAAAUUGGAUCCUGGGAAGACACAGGCCAAGAUCCGUCUAAUGCGGUGCAUGGUCAGGAGCCGGCGAACCUCCUUCCAAGAGCUCUGUAAUCACGAACAGUUACUCAUCAGGCUCAGUGAGGACCUUGUUAAGGACAUCCAGGACAUCGAGGACAGCUCGGCCUUAAAAGUGCGGGAGAUGCUGCAGCAUCAAGACAUCCUUGCAACCAUCAUGGACAUCUUGGAGUACUCGAACAAGAAGAAGUUGGAGGAGUUGACAGCAGAGUUUGAGGACUGGAAGGAGAAGGAGGAAUCCAAGAUGAAGUACCUGGAGCAGCAGUUGGAACAAUUAAAUGCCAAGAUCCAGAAGACCCAGGAGGAGGUGAACUUCUUGAGCACUUACAUGGACCAUGAGUACCCUGUUAAGUCAGUCCAGAUCUCUACCCUUGCACGCAAACUGCAGCAGAUAAAGGACAGGCAGCAGGAUGAGUUGGAUGACCUCAGUGAAAUGCGCAGGAAAGUCCUGGGGUCUGUGUCCAGGCAGAUACAUAUGAAGAAACAAAGACGUCUGAACUUUGUGGUGGAAAAAGCCCUCGCUCCCCAUCAGGAGGCUCUUCUACAGAGGACCCGGGACACUCAGUAUUUGCUGGAGCAUACAAAGAGGUUCAGAGAAAUUGUUGACAGGUUUGAGAAGGAAAUACCUGUAUUAAAGGCCUCAGUGGAGCAGCUUGAAGUUCAAGUCAUGGAUCCCCGAGAGGUCAUUUUUGCAGAUGUUCUGCUUCGGAGACCCAAAUAGAGACAGACACACACAGAGGGACAGACACCAUACCAUGAAGAUUCUCCUGGUGCCAUUACUUCUGGUGUGGUGCCAGAGGUUUGUAUGUGGGCCAUGUGCAUGUUAAGGCAGAUGCCUUCCUAGGUGAGCUAUCUCUCUGGUCUCCUUUUCCAUUUUUUAAAAAAUUGUUACCAAGGUUAUCAUGGGCUUAGUGCAUGCACAAUGAAUCCACCUCUCCUAAUGGCCAUUUUUUCCUUUUUUUAAAUCUUUUUUUAUUAGAGAGUCUGAGAGGAGAGGGAAAGAUUGGGAGACUAAUAUAAUAUAAUAUAAUAUAGACUAAUAUAGACCCACAGACCUGUUUUACUGUUCCUGAAACUUCCCCCCUGCAGGUGGGGAAUGAGGGUUUGAACCUGGGUCCUCGCACAUUGUAAUAUGUGUGCUCAACCAGUUGUAUCUCCUCCCUUUUCUAUUUAUUUUUUGCCUCCAGGGUUAUUGCUGGGGCUCAGUGUUGGCACUAUGAAUCCACUGCUCCUGGUGGCUCUCCACCUGCAGGAGAGUCACUUCACAGGCGGUGAAGCAGGUCUGCAGGUGUCUAUCUUUCUCUCCCCCUCUCUGUCUUCUCAUCUUCUCUCCAUUUCUCUCUGUCUUAUCCAACAACGAUGACAUCAAUAACAAUAACUACAACAACAAUAAAAAACAAGGGCAACAAAAGAGAAAAUAAUAAAUAUAAUAAAAUAAAACUUAAAAAUUUAUUAUCUUUAUUUAUUUAUUGGACAGAGACAACCAGAAAUUAAGAGGGAAUAGAAAGAGAGAGAGAGAGAGAGAGAGAGAGAGAGAGAGACCUGUAACACUGCUUCACCAUUCAUGAAGCUUUCCUCCUGCAGGAGGGAACUGGGGGUUUGAACCCAGUUCCUUGCUCACUGGAACAUGUGUGCUCAACCAGGUGCGCCACCACCCGGCCCUCCAUUUUUUUCUUUUUUCUUUUAUUUUUACUUAUUUAUUUAUUUUUUUAUUGGAUAGGACAGAAAGAAAUUGAGAGAGGGCUGGGAGAUAGAGAGGAAGAGAGAAAGGUGGAUACCUGCAGACGUUCUCCAUAGGUGGGGAGCUAAGGGCUCACACCCAAGUCCUUGUGCUUAGUAUUAUGUGUACUUAACCAGGUGCACCACGUUCCAGCCUCCCAUUUUUGAUAUUUACCUGGGAAUGUGGGUACAUCUCCUCUGACAUGAGGCACACAGUUGGGCUUUGCAGUCACAGGUUAUAAUUUGGACUGACGCUCCUCAGAAGAACAGGGCUCUCCUGAGGGCAAGGUUUGUGGCCCUGCCACUCUGGUGUCUCAUGCUUGACUUCUCACACUCUUCUUUGUU